AUCCCACUAAUAAUUGAUGUACAUGCUUUAAAUAGAAUGGAAUCCUCAACGUUUGAAGAGCUGUCUGACCAUUUUACAUCAAAGUUAGAUAGAAUUGGUAUAUUACUGAACCUCCGUGAUGCCAGUAAAGAUGACACAUGUGUUGAACAGUUACAGCUUCUGCAGACAGAGUUAGGCAAUCAAGAAAAAAAUCUGGCUUUGGUUAAGAAAGAACUAGCUACCAGACAAAAAGCUCUGGACAGGAUAAAGAGUUUGAAUAAGGAUUUGAUUGAAUGGAAGAAGAAACUGACUUACAUGGUUGAAAAUAUCCCAGAGAGACUCCCAGCUCGAAAGAAAAACAUAAUAAGUGAUGUUCCUGUGGUCACUGGUAAGAUGCCACUACAGGAAGUGCCUGCACCCAGUCAGAACAUAACAACAAGUGUGACCAACACUAAAAGUAAAGAGGGUAUGAAUGGUCAACGAGCAGGAAAAUUAGAAAAUACUUACUACCCAGAAAUAGAGUUCCUUACAACAGAUGAAUUUGAACAGAUUCCAAAAUACCUGAAGGGCCGAAUGACAUACGAUCAGGUAAACAAGUUUAUAGAAGGAAUGAAUAAAUCGUACAGAGCCAAGUACAAACUUCUGAAACAGAAGAAAGCUACCUUAAAUGAUGCAAACAGAAAACGGUACGAGGCUUACAAAAUGCAAGAGACGAAAGAGACAAAAGGAUGUUACUUUGUUGUUGAUGAAGAUCUGAAAGACACUGGUGGUUUAAAAGUGGAUAAUGUUGCUCGUUCCACAUUGACAAUACUAAGGCAUUGUGGGAGAUGUAGAGAAAUUCGCGGGGGUCGUCUCACAAGAUAUUGUUACAUAGACAACUAUUGACUGUUAUCCCCCAGACAAUCUGUGGAUCUCAUCAUGAUCAGAUAUUUCUGAAUAAACAGUUCCUGCAUUGUAUAUGUUCCAGAUAAUUUACAUGUUAAUAAGGCAGGAACGGACUGGCCAGGGACCAUCUCACCAAACGUUACAUCUACAGUCACUGAUCUGGAUAUUCUAAAUGAUCAGUGUAAAUUUGGCAGGGACAGAAUGGUCAGCAACCAUCUCAUCAGAGGCUGUUACUUGGACAGUCACGUGUAUAUUUUAGAUGUGUAAACAUGCCAGGGAGUUUCUCACCAUAUAUUAAUUCAUUGACUGAUAAAAAAAUAUAUAACAAUUUGAUAUACUGUCAUAUGCCUCCAGGCAGCGAACGGGUGUCGCUAUAGUAACAGAUUUAUGUAGCCUGUGAAUAAUUUUCAGUGCUGGUAUUUUUAAGUAAAACAGAAAAAUCAGUGUUGUUUCUAACACUUUCUCAGGAUGUGAUCAGUAUUGGAGGUUUUAUCAGUCCCCUACUGGUUGAUAGCCAGUUUGGGAGACUAUAGGAUUGUGCUGUUUUGUUCGUCUGUUAUUCCAUCCAUCUGC